AAAUAUGAAACAGAGAAGCACCAUUUCUGCCUCAAGACGCAUGUAAAGAGGUGUAGAUUCAGUUGCUCUAAACGUCCCUGCCAUCUGGUCCAGAUGGAGUCCUCAGGCAACCCAGAGAGCACCACCUUUUUUUACUAUGACCUUCAGAGCCAGCUGUGUGAGAACCAGACCUGGGUCUUUGCUACAUUCGCCACCACCAUCCUAUACUGCCUGGUGUUCCUCCUCAGCCUAGUGGGCAACAGCUUGGUGCUGUGGGUCCUGGUGAAGUAUGAGAGCCUGGAGUCCCUCACCAACAUCUUCAUCCUCAACCUAUGUCUCUCAGACCUGGUGUUCGCCUGCUUGUUGCCUGUGUGGAUCUCCCCGUACUACUGGGGCUGGGUGCUGGGAGAUUUCCUCUGCAAGCUCCUCAAUAUGAUCUUCUCCAUCAGCCUCUACAGCAGCAUCUUCUUCCUGACCAUCAUGACCAUCCACCGUUACCUGUCCGUGGUGAGCCCCCUCUCCACCCUGCGUGUCCCCUCCCUCCACUGCCGGGUGCUGGUGACCACAGCUGUGUGGGUAGCCAGUAUCCUGUCCUCCAUCCUGGACACCAUCUUCCACAAGGUGCUUCCUUGGGGCUGUGAUUAUGCCGAACUCACGUGGUACCUCACCUCGGUCUACCAGCACAACCUCUUCUUCCUGCUGUCCCUGGGGAUUAUCCUGUUCUGCUACGUGGAGAUCCUCAGGACCCUGUUCCGCUCGCGCUCCAAGCGGCGCCACCGCACGGUCAAGCUCAUCUUCACCAUCGUGGUGGCCUACUUCCUCAGCUGGGGUCCUUACAACCUCACCCUGUUUCUACAGACACUGCUUAAGACCAAUGUCAUCCGGAGCUGUGAGGCCAUCCAGCAGCUGGAAUACGCCCUGCUCAUCUGCCGCAAUCUCGCCUUCUCCCACUGCUGCUUCAACCCGGUGCUCUACGUCUUCGUGGGGGUCAAGUUCCGCACGCACCUGAAACAUGUCCUCCGGCAGUUCGGGUUCUGCCGGCUGCAGGCACCCAGCCAACCCCCGGUGCCCGAGUCCCCUGGCGGGUCCUACAAUGAGGGCGCCUCCUUCUACUGAGGGUCCUGUGGCGGUGCAGGCGCAGGUGGACAGGGGACUGGAAUGGGGGUCACAGAGAAACGCGCCUGAAAGGAGCAUUGCAGAGCACACAACAAACAGUGGGGACGCCACCUGCCGCUGCUGACUUGCGGUGAAGGUGAUUCAUAACGCCAGUGGGUCCCGCCAGCCUCUCGUCGGCAGGAAAGUGGCUUCCUACCUGGGAAUUUUAUACUGCCACCCGACAAACAUUUCUUGAACUCUUGAGUUCAUCAUGCGAGCUCCUUCAUUUGGACAUGUGUUUCUAAUCAGUGCUUGGUUCAGAAGGUUCUACAACAUGAAAGGAUUCUAGGAAAGGCGUUUCCUUGGAGAGUUUACAGGGCCUAAAGCUCAGUGUGUGUGAUAACUGCGCAAUGCUGACCGGAACAGGGUCUCCCUUUCCUGACUGUAGGGUUGUCCCAACUGGUUUAUUCACUUUGGAGGCACUGGCUCCAUAUUCCUCAGAUACUGCUGGAUGAGGCUGCCGCAAGACAAGAGUCACCAUACCCUGAGAUAAGCGCAGUCAUGUUGAAAUGUGGGUUCUAAAAAUCCACAACUAGACUGGAGAAAUGUUCUGCAUCCUAGAUCCAAGUCCCAGCCCAUGAACUGGCCCUUAGAAAUUCAGCUUAUAAAUAUUUGAUUGAAGGAAUGAAUGUAAUAAACUUCCUUCUGCACUGUAUUCAGAGAAUACAGAGAUGAAUGACAUACAGUUGCUACCCUCCAGGGGCCAACAGCUCAGCCCCAAAGUCUGACCCAGCUUGGUGAACACCCACUUUGGUGAAGGCAUCUAGGGUGGACUCCUCCGACAGCUCACCUUUCCCAGGUGGGUAGUGAGCUGACUUCAGAUUCGUCCCUUCGCACCUAAAGUGUCCUCCUCCUAUUUGGUUGAUAGUGCCAGCUUCCCCACACCCGCCCACACUCCAAACCUCAAGUUCUGUUGGAGGCCUGUAUUUUCUUUCCCUAAAUAUUCACAGAUAGGUCCAAAUGACUAUGCCUGUCUAGUGGCUUUCAGAGUUGAUUCAUUCUUGCCAUUGCACGCACAUGGUUUCAUCUCUGAAACAGGGCCUCACUUUGUUCAUGUCUCCCGGCUGCUCCUCCCUUUCCCCACCAGGCCUUGGUGUCUCCCCUCCACUCCUCCCUUUCCCCACCAGGCCUUGGU